GAAGAAGUAACAUUUCAAAGCAACCUUGAACCACUUUGUAUCAAGCAUAUAAAUUUGGUAAUACAAUCUUCAUUGAAACCGAGAUAUGAAUCAUUUCUUGCUGAAUUUUUUGGUUACUUCCAUCCGCGGACCUUAGUGGUGACAGUGAAUUCAGAUGCCCGAAAACAUGACUUUAUACAGGUCCUAAUGAAUGAGCUGGAAGGUUGGAACAGAGACGGUACCAAACGUUACAAACGUAGUGAGUACAUGUCUUGGCACAGUGCAUUGAAAAGCUUUACAGUCCUCGGAUCAACUGCAUUUGCAAGACAAGAAAGGGAAGCCCAGUGUGACAAGUCCACACUAUGUGUGGGGUUAGGUGAAGGGUCGAGCCAGAAGGGGCUAUCAGUAGACUUACCCAACAUUUCUACAAUUACAAGUCAAAAAAGGGAAGCUCCGUACGGUAAGCGCCCUCUCUGCGCAGGGUCUGGGGAAGGACGGGAACAACAGUGCAUAUUGUUCGUAGCCUUACCCAACCUUUCUACAAUUACAAGAGAAGGCGCUCAUCAAAUCAACUUGGAGUUUGAGUGGUAA